AUGAAGGCUGUCCAGGUGCGUGCUGGAGAAGCGCUCAAUGGGAGCUUUCGCUGCCGAAGAGAGGAGGACUGUAAGAAGUACUUACAAAGGAAGCAGGAGCAGGCCGACCAGCCGCUUCAAGUGCCAGCAGUAGACAGCAGUGUGCCGAAGACCUCAGAACUGAUGGGCAUCACCACCAGGGACGAUCCGUACGGGAACGGAACAGAGAUGUUUGAUGCCUUCAUCUGCUACUGUCAGAAAGACCUUCAGUUUGUCCAGGAGAUGAUCAGGGAGCUGGAGCAAACAGAGUUCAAACUGAAGCUCUGUGUAUUUGAUCGGGAUGUCUUGCCAGGAACAUGUGUGUGGUCCAUCAGCGGAGAACUUAUAGAAAGGAGGUGUCGGAGGAUGGUGGUCGUCAUUUCAGAUGACUACCUGGAAAGUGAUGAAUGUGAUUUUCAGACCAAAUUUGCUCUUAGUCUUUCCCCAGGUGCUCGUCUCAAACGGCUGAUUCCAGUCAAGUGCAAAACCAUGAAGAACGAGUUUCCAAGCAUCUUACGGUUCAUUACAAUUUGUGAUUACACCAAUCCUUGCACCAAAAAAUGGUUCUGGAUGAGACUGGCAAAAUCCCUCAUGCUGCCGUGAUGCAAAGUCAUGAGAGCUAGGUGCUCUUUUAUAAUCUAUCCUGGCUGUGCCUUCGGACCGUGGUGUCGUUCACGCAGGGUCUUUUACCACUUCAGAACCUGGAUCCUCGCAAUUGGUGUUUGGAGCCUGCGACCAGGAGCAAAGAAUUUUCUCUAGCACUUUUUUGUAACUCGGAAGGGGAAAUAAAGCAACUGUGAGGAUGUUCCUGCUCAGUGAGCAACAGCAUCCAGCACUUUGUGUAGUAAGCACUUUCACUGAAAAUAAAGAAAAUAUACAUUUAAAGACUGAGCGUCUAAUACAAGAAGGCUCUGUUGUAAGCAUUUAAUAAGACCUCAGAGCCUCAAACUGCAGGCUUUCUUAAAUAAAUAUUUCCUAUCAUUUUAAAAACUGUUUAAUGGCUAUAGUAACAUCUAGGGUUGGUGGUUUUUUUUUUUAAAUUCCAGUGAAAUCCCAUGGCUGCCCGGUGAUCUGCCGGAACUGAGGUUUCACUCUGAUUCCUGCUUUGUGAAUGGCCAGUGCCAUGAGAGUGACUGAUUUUGGCAGCCUCGUCAGCGGGGUGCAGCCUGCCCUACCAGAGACGAUGUCCCCUGCCCUGCGCUGCAGCCCGGCUGCUGGGCAGCACAGGGGAAUGCGUGUGGGCUCUCCCUGGCCCACGCUUGUUCUGAGGGCAGACAGUCUCCUUCGGUCUUUGUUUUGAGAGAAGCAGAAGCGUAUUUUAAUUGUCAAAGCACUGCGAAGAAGUGAACGGUUCUCCCAUUAUUCUUAGCAGUAUCUGCAAAAUUAGAGCAAUUAUCCUCGUAGUUAUAACUAAUGCAGAAUUACUGAGCUUGGUUUAUUUUCUGUGGAUGUUUUCCUCCUGAAGUUAUGUCACAAUAUUCCUGUCCCAUGUUCAUUUACAGGAUAAAUCCCUUGGCACUAGUAUUUUCUGAGGCAGUCCCUCAGAUUUGCAGUAAGUGGUUAUUUUUUGCUCGUUGAAAGCAGGAAGUGUAAGGAAAGACCUUGUACCGUGUUGGUCAUGUCUGUCUCUGUUCAGGUCACGUUUGGUUAAGUGACCUUAUACUAGCAUUUUAUAUUCCCAGAUCUUAUUAAAUGUUUACAAAAGAGCCUUCCUUUAGUAGAAAUUCAGUCUUAAAAUGUAUAUUUUCAGUGAAAGUCCUUGCUACACAAAGUGUGGGAUGCUGUUGCUCAUUGACUUGACUGGGAACAGCUGUGCACCUAAGUGGGUCCAGAUCUUAAAUUGCUUUACCUUUUAGAGCCUUCCAAAACACAUCAGCUUUGGGGAUGCCUCAAAGGUACAGGGAUAAAUAUUGCAUAAAGAGUGUAUUAAAUUAUCAAGUGGGCUGUUUAAAAUAUAAAGGCUAAUGUUACAUUAAUAGGAAAGAGCGUAUUUUAAUUAGCCACCACGAUCACUAAUGUAUUUCUGUGACUAAGGCCAGGAGCAACAUUGAUACUGCUCUGCUUGUUAGACUUAGCCUUGAAUUCUGCAGAGUGACUAGUGGAUCUCAUCAGUUCUCAGUGCUCAGGGGUGAGGGGCAAGAGUUCUGCCCAAAGUUGUGUUUUAAAGGGACCCGUUGGUGUAUUAAACAGAUUUUCAGUACAUACAUUCUAAAUUGGGAAGAGAAGAAUCUUGCUUAUGUAUCUGCAGUUGCUUGAACUCUGCCACUUCGUUCAUUACUUCAGCCGCUGACUCAUGUUGAUUUUACGGCUUAAUGUUUUACUAGUUUACAUUUUUAAAGUUGCAUCUGGAUGUGAUUUUUUUUUUUCCAGGAUUUGUUUUAAAGCAUUACCAGGGCUGAGGUGCAGACAGAAAUGUGUGCUCCUGCCUUUUCCUCACCCACCCUGUCAAUGAAUGGUCCUUUACCAGGGGGUGCUGUGAAGUCCUGUCCACGCGCCGCUGCGGGUUCCUCCUGGCUGAGAGCAGCCAGCCCUUGACCUGAACAUGGUGAAGCUUGUUCACGCACCUCACGUUAGCGUCAGGGGCCAGUUUUGGAUAGGCCCAGGAGCUGGGUGUUUUUCAGUCCCUCCCACAAAUGUAACUGCUGCCAUCGUGCCAAGGUGACGUUUGCACCUCUCUCUCGUGCUAGAACAAGUGAGAAGUCCGUGAAAAGUUAGGCUGAUGAUGGGUUUCUAAAUAGUUCGCCUUCAUGUCCUAUUGCCCUCAGGCCUCUCCCGCAGAAGCGGAGACAGCUGCUUGCCUCCGGGUUUCUGCAUAAUCGUUAAAUGUUAAUUAUAGAAGAGUUUCUGGAGGCUGCUUGAUCCCCAGGCGCUCCUGGGGCUCGGUGAAUUCUCAUACUCUGGAGUGUCUAUAAACAUUAAUUAUGGGUCAUUACUCGCAGGACCAAACCAGAUUCCUCUUGUUUCGAGAGCUGAAAGGACUCCGGUAACUAAUUAAUAACAACACAGGCACAGGAGGCUGCGCUGCAGACGCUAGAGGGAGGCAAUGGCCCGUGCUGGCACCCUGCGAGGGAUCCUGCCUGCUGGGUGGGAUGGAGGAGAGACGGCAGGGAUGGACCGGCUGCACACUGACCCGCUGUCACGGCCAGGGUCCGGGAUGGAGAUAAGACGAGUGGGUUUUCUUCCUCUGUCCCUUGCACCCUCUUCUAAGGAGGCUAUACCAAAAACAGUGAGAGUUUUGGCAGAUUGAACCUCGUGCGGCGUCUUCUGCGCGAGCCCUGACGGGAGGUUUGGGACUUGGGGUGCUGCAAAUGAGGAAAAAAGAAUAGCAGCAAAAAUAGUAAGAGUCAGCUUUGUAGGAGAUGAUCUGGUGAUCGCCGAACAGGGAAAGUGCUGCUUCUGCAAGGGAAAGACAAGAGCUGAAUUUCUAAAUCUCCUGACUUUCAGUAGAUAAAUGCAAUAUUCCAAAUAAUUGUGAAAGAUGUCGGUGCUUCAGCAAGAUCUCGUUAUCACCCAGCUCUCUGUGCCGUGGCCCUUCUGUCUGCCUGGCUCGGAUGCCGGGCAAGUAUUACUGGUGUCAGACUGUUGUUUUCCUCCAAGCAGUUACAAUUGUCUUGUAGGCUAAAAUAAUUAUUUUGGGGUAAAGUGAGGUAACAGCCCUAAAACAUAAAAUACGUGCUUUAAACAUGCAGCGUCUUCUAUGUAAAAAACAGAGUGUAUGCACUUCUGACAUUUUCAUAUCUGUCUUGUCACAGUGACUUGAUGAAGUGUGACAUCUAUGAAUGAUAGAAAAAAUAGUUAUUGUAAACACGUUUCGGUGGCAAUUGUGGUUCUCCUCCCCUCUUUCAUGCUCAGUGGAAGGUCAAAAUUUUGAACACCUUUAAAAAAGGGAUUUACAAAAUUGUGAUACAUUUUUUUCCAUUUUGUUUCUUUCCCUCACUGAAACUGUCCUAGUUGAAUCUGUUACUACCAAAUCAUUUAUUUUUAUAUACAUAUACACACAUAUAUAUUUAUAUUACUUUCUAUCCUGAUACAAAUAUUUGGAAAAGCAUAUGUGUUUUAUAGCCAUUCUGAAAAUAGUCAACGAUUCUGUGGUUUUUUUCCUCCUCAAAAAACCCAAACUUUUGCUACGUGUGAAAAGAUUUUAAAAU